CAUAGAGGAGGAGGGAUCGCCCCCAUAGCGCGCAGCAUGAACGCUCCGCGGCAAAAGGAUGUGUGAACAAGCAGCGCGCUACUGCAGGGACGGUGUCCAAAAACUGCUCCACAAAGAACAAGCCAAACUCCGGGCACAGGACAGCAAAGACCAGCCCAAACCCGGGGCUCAGGACAGCGAGACAGCGACGGCUGCACAGUCCGGAAACAGCGGUUCUCAGCCCGGUGGAAUUGACGGGCUCGUCCGCUGGAUAGUCACCAAGAUGAGCGACAAUAAAAGCAUCUCUACUCGGGAAUAUGUGAAGGAGGAGGCGGCAGUGGCUCAGGAGCAGUUCUUUGCGCCGGAGCCCCGAAAGGGCAUCUCUGUCAUUUUGGACAUUUUCCGGAGAGCUGAUAAGGAUGAUGAUGGAAAACUCUCCCUUGAUGAGUUCCAGGCUUUCUUCUCUGAUGGGACUCUGAAUGAAGAGGAGUUGGAAAAACUGUUUCACACCAUUGACUCUGAUAACACCAGUAAUGUCGACACCAAGGAACUAUGUGACUACUUUGCCAACCACAUGGGAGAUUAUGAAGGUGUGCUGGCCUCCCUAGAGACACUCAACCUGGCGAUUCUCAAAGCCAUGGACUUCACCAAGAAGGUAUAUGAACGUGGAACUAAUGUUGAGCAGUUUGUGACCCGAUUCCUGUUGAAGGAAUCAGCCAAUCAGAUCCAGUCUCUGCUGAACUCUGUAGAGAGUGCUGUGGAUGCCAUUGAUGAGCAGCAUUCAUCAGUGGGAUCCUACCCCAGUAAGACCAGCCCACGCGUCCCAGAUAGGCGCUAUGAGGCCCCGGUGCCAGAUUAUCCUCCCAACAACAGAGUCAGUGCAAAGGAGAGCAUGAGGAACAUCAACACGGGUGCAGGAGCUGUGGAGGUGAGGAAAGAAGGACUCGAGGCACAGAUCAACCGACUGGCUGAGCUGAUUGGACGUCUGGAGAACAAGACAGUUUGGUUUGACCUACAUCAGCGACUAACAGACACUGAUGGCACAACUAGCGCAUCCCUCUACCUGAUCCGCCAGGAGAUGAAUGUUUCCCAGAAGCAGCUGGGAGAGUUCUGCGAGGCCCUGAAACAAUACCUGAAGAAUGUGUCUACUCAGAGAGACUGUUUCCAUGUGACGGCUGUGCGGCUGCCUGACGGCCUUUCCUUUGUGGUGUACGAGUUCUGGGACGGAGAGGAGGAGUGGAAGAGGCACCUUCAGACUGCAGCUUGCAAGGCCUUCCAGCAUGUCAAAGUGGAUACUCUAUGCCAGCCCGAGGCUGUGUCCUCUGUUGCUGUGCCUGCCGCAUGGUGCAGCCUGAACAAAGACUGAGAAGCGAGCCAGUCUGCGGGUGGAACGGUCCCGCCUUAUGCCUGAAACCCCUCUUCUUCUCCACUUCCCCCUCUCUAUCCCUGUCACAGUCCCUGCUAUCUUAACUACCCCCCUUUCAGCGCUCUCCCCACUCUGUCUCCUUCUCUUUUAUAAUUACUUGUUUACACAGUAUCCAUUUGAUAUUGAGCCAAAAGUAGUGUCGGCUGCAGAGAACGCCGGACACAGUACCAGUUCCCUCUUCACUUCCAUUGCAACGUACAGAGACAACACUAAAACUCCCCAAAGCAUUUGGGAACCUCACCUGGUUGAUUCGCAUUUGCAUUUGAAAUAUCAACUUGCAUAAACAGUCUCUUCUAACUAAAUGAGGCUGAUUAAUAUUUCAUC